GCCGUCGCAGGCCCGUUUAAUAUAUUUUGCCUAAUUGGGUGUGAUUGCGGCAGAAAACAGGCGGAGAGGAGGGAGUCAAGAGCAUGGCAGAUGAAGACUAUGAAAUGGAUGGAGGGUACGAGGAUGAGCCACCAGAGCCGGAGCUUGAUGAAGGGGCAGAGGUUGAGGAAGAUAAUACCCUCGCUGAUGAUAUACCGGACGCCGAAGAAGGCGAUGGAGAUGAGAAGCAGGAGCAGGAGGCGGUGGAACGCCCUCGGAAAACGUCCAAAUAUAUGACUAAGUAUGAGCGAGCCAGGAUUUUGGGCACGAGGGCGCUGCAGAUCAGUAUGAAUGCUCCGGUGAUGGUGGAGUUGGAGGGCGAAACCGAUCCACUGGAGGUUAGAAGAUUGAUUAUAUAUAUGAGCACUUCUUUUCUUCUUUUGGUUCAACCAUUCGUAUCCAAGAAGAGGAUUGCAAUGAAAGAGUUGCGUGAGCGAAAAAUACCUUUCACAAUCCGUCGUUACCUCCCUGAUGGAAGUGGGAACUGCAGCUACGAAGAUUGGGGUGUGGAUGAAUUGAUCGUCGAAGACUCCUGGAAAAGGCAAGUUGGAGGCGACUGAAACAACUUAUUCCUGUGCAAAGAUUUAGAAUCGAAGCAUCUUUCCAUCUUCUGCUUGAUAGUGUAAUCAUUUAGGUUUGAAAUGGUUUCUAAAUGACAUCAUCUUUCGUAAGAAAAAUUCUGUGCUUUUAUCAGCAAAAUGAGAUUUAUUAUUGUAAA